AUGCUGUCUCAACGAAUUCUGAGCCGGCGCCUGCCUCUGGCUGCUGGUCGUUAUACCGCCCCCCGGGCAGCUUUUUCCCAGGCCCGCGCUGUUCAGGCUGCUGAAAUUGAUGAUCCGCUCCAGAACAACAACUACCCCAACCCUCCUCGGCAGAAGCGUGCUUUCAGAGACCCUUACGGCGGUUGGUGGGAUCGGCAGGAAAAACGCAACUUUGGAGAGCCUGUCCACGAAGACAACGAGAUCCUUGGAGUGUUCAGUCCUGAACAGUAUACCCACGUUACAGCUCGCAAGGGCUUCCUGUCCCUCGGCACCUUCGUCGUGACAUUUCUGGGAUUCUGUGGUGUUGUCAGCUAUUUCUACCCGGACAAGCCUAGUGCGCCUCGGACCUUCCCGGAUGGGUUAGAGAAGGAGCUUGGUGGCCCAAAUGCUGUGCUUGCCCGCAAACCCGAUGAGGAUAAGUGGUAACAGUCAGAUUUGUUUUUGUUUGAUGUAAAUACGGUGCAAUCUAUAUUUUGGGCGUCAACCGAGUGUCUAGGUCUUUAUGGAGCUCUGAGGUAUCUGCUAGACUGCAGUAACAACAAAAGCAGCUACCUUGUUCUGUUCAUGAUAGAGACCAACGAAACAAGCCCGAGAGCCUAGAGCAAAAUUCGGAAUUUCCGAUAUGCCUUGGCGUCAUCAGGCUUUUGUCUAUCAAUUUAAGGGAAUUAAGGGGUAGUCGCUAUAGCGACUGGAAAAAGGCUGAUUUCUCCCACAAAAUUCCCUAGUCAUGUUUGAUGCCUGACCUUCGCCCAAUACGAAUUUGCUUUGAAAAUACCUAUCCGCUUUGUCUCGACUAUUUGGUCAAUAUAUCUCGCAGAUGGGAGUAGGCCUUGGUUCUCGGCACCAUUUUUUGUAGGUAUGAAUUGCUCAAUAGUUGUACUGCUGUACUUCCCUCCAUAGAAUAUAUAUCUGCAGUGACAGGC